CCACAAUCACAUCCAUCUACCUCUACGCUUUUCUAAUGGAAACUUGUUCCAAGAUCAACCAGAUUCUUCAGACGUAUUACUCCCUGGACUAUCUUCCCCAUAAUCUUCGGAGAGAGCAUCUUCAAUCUCUUCUUUUCGGUUUCAUUAGAAUUUCUACUUUCUUAAUUGCGAUCUUCAUGGAAGCUUGUUUUUUUCUACACAACUGGAACCGCAUAUCCCAUCUCCUUCCGUUAUCUUGUUUAUUUGCAUUCUUCGCCUUCGAACGCUUCAUUGCAAAACCUUCUGGAACCUAUUUGGUCGACUUCUCAUGCUUCAGACCACCAAGCUUCUGCAGGGUUCCUUUUUCCACCUUCAUCGAGCAUGCUUCCAUGUUUGAAUGCUUCGACAAAGAGAGCGUCACUUUUAUGGGUAAAAUCAUUGCUUCUUCUGGACAAGGAGAAGAAACCUAUCUCCCACCUUCACUUCACCACAUUCCACCAAGAACCCAUCACCAUGAAUCCAUUAACGAAGCCCAGAUGGUUCUGUUCCCUGUCAUGGACGAUCUUCUCUCUAAAACCCACAUAUCACCUCAAGACAUCGACAUCCUCGUCGUGAACUGCAGCGGUUUCUGCCCCUCCCCUUCCCUGUCUUCCAUUGUAAUCAACAGAUACGCCAUGAAGGCUGAUAUUAAGAGCUUCAAUCUCUCUGGAAUGGGUUGCAGCGCCAGUGCUAUUGGUGUUGAUUUAGCUAGCAAUCUCUUAAAGAUUCACAAGAAUUCCUUCGCCAUCGUUCUCAGCACGGAGAUUGUCUCCACUGGAUGGUACCCAGGCAAUGACCGUUCCAAAUUGCUCCUCAACUGCCUGUUCCGCAUGGGUAGUGCUGCAAUUUUGCUUACAAACAAGAAAGAGGCAAAGUGUAGAUCCAAAUACAAGCUAUUACGAUCAGUGAGAACCCAGAGAGCCUUCGAUGAUAAAGCUUACAUGUCUGCGAUACGUGAGGAGGAUUCCAAAGGCAUAACAGGGGUUUCUCUGAAGCGAGACUUACUGGAGGUCGCCGGCGAGGCACUCCGGUCGCAUGCUUGGGUUCUGGGUUCAUCUAUACUGCCCCUAUCAGAGAAGCUUCGACACGGUCUUUCGAUUUUGCGGAAGAGAUUCAUGGAUCCAUCAAAGGAGGUGUAUGUGCCGGAUUUCAAGUCUGCAAUAGAGCAUUAUUGUGUGCCGACAUCAGGAAUGGCAGUGAUAAGGGAAAUAGGAAAAGGGUUGAAGCUGAGAGAAAGAGAAAUGGAGGCGGCGAUGAUGACAUUCCACCGGUUUGGGAACCAGUCAUCGGCGUCGAUGUGGUACGAGUUGGCGUACAUGGAGGGAAAGGGGAAAUUGAAGAAGAGUCAUAAGGUGUGGCAGCUUGGGAUGGGAAGUGGACCAAAAGCUUCUAGUGUGGUGUGGGAGUGCAUUAGGCAUUUGGGUGAUGAGUCUAACAUGGGGGGACCAUGGUUUGAUUGCAUCCAUCGUUAUCCGAUCAUGACCUCUGCAACUGAGAUUUAGAUCA